UGUUAUGUUUCUCUUUCCUCAUCAAAGCAAGGAAUGGAAGUCAUGAUACAAGGACCACUCGUUUAUCUCUCCCUGAGAAGAAUCAGGAUGACCAUCCAGAAGAAAUGGCAAGAGUUUUGCGGUGUCUCCUCAGAGUUAGGAGGCAGCUAGAUCGCUCGAGCUCCACCAUGCAUGCAAGCUCAGAAUAUGCAGAGCUGCAGGCAAGCAUAUCCUUAAAUUCUUCGUCACUGCCCGCACCACCUUGAUUAAGUUCUCUCUCGAUCUUCCCUAAGAAACUAAGCAUAGCUCUUGUAUCAUCAUCCCGGUGCAACGAUGAUGGUGUAUGUGCGCACAUGGAUGGUGGUGGUGGCGCUAGUAUGCACGCUAGCCCUGCUGCUGCACUCAGCAAACGCGCAGGCGGCCGCCGCUCCAUCGCUGUCGUCGUCACCGGCACAGAAGCCCAAGUGCGUGCCCGGGCCUGCGUCGCCGUGCCGUGUGGGUGCGUCCUUGCGUGACCCGGAGAACCAGGAGGAGGAGGGGAUAUUCAAUGUGAAGGCGAGGGCGCCAAGUGGUGCGGGAGAGACAGACAGCGACGAUGACUACAGUGACCCCGACCAGCCCAAAGACCCCGACCAGGCUGAUGACGACGACCUUGUCAUUGUCGGCCACUGAUCGAUAAGAUAGAUCGGCCGGUCCGGCAUGACUGCUCAUGCUUGCUGCUAGAUUUCUUUUUCAGAUUAGGGAUGAGCUACUGUUACCUUUAUGGGACUACCAUAAAGGCCACGUAGAAUGUGCAAUCACGUUGUACGUAUUGGUGGGGAUUGAGAUUAACCAAGGUGUAAAACAGUGACCCGUCUUCUAUAUAUUUCUGUGCCCUUUGAUCAAUCUCUGGCUACCAACAUAUUCGGCCCACACACAAUUGGUCAGUAAUAGCUUGUUGUUAAUGUCUUCAUGAGUGACUUUUUAUUUUAUUUGUUGCAACGAAGGGACAGUCUUGUAUCUCAGCGUACCAGAAAAAAUUUCCAGUCUUUUCCAGAUUGUGUAAUGUUUGUGGGUACAGUGUAUUUUACUGAGAACCAUACUGUUAUGAUGGAACCAGCAUAUACUAGAAUAUUCUUUCCGUGAUUAUGAGGUUUGACUAAUCUGUGGUGGAAAGUUUAGUGUGCGCAUGGAAAUGAUAGUUCUUUUGAAAAGCUAUUCCGUGACAUGGAUGAGAUGUAGGCUUUAGUAUAAAUGAUUACGCGAAAGCUUUAAGUGGCCGGAAGAUAUUGCGGAAACUUGUACUAAUCUCUACGAUUGCCCCCACUAAAAAAUCUCUACGAUUGUUGAUUUUCUGAAUGUUUAUUUUGAAAAGAAGCAGCCAUUUGAGAAUAUAAUUAGGUUGAACAUUCCUAAUGUUUGAUCAAUUUCUACCAAGUGCCAACAUACUUACUAGAUUUGCCAUCAUCUAGCAAAUACUGUUUUGAACAUAUCUCAGCUAUUGCGAGAUGAACUUUUGGUUCCUAUUCUAGGCUUGUGGCUUAAGCAAAAUUUGUUACAUAUUUGUAGAAUCUCGUAUUAAUGCCAUAAGUUGGCUGCUAUUUCUUACGUAUCAUUUGGCUAUUUUCAGGCAUGCAACUAACCUCUUUCCAGGCAGAGAACAGGACAAUCUUAUUUUCUAUGUUUUCUGUUAUGAUGAUGUUAGUUGUGAAAUGUUCUUCAGCAACUACCGCUUUGUUUCUAAGAUCUUUUAU